ACAAACUGCAAAAGCAGGCAACAAGGAGUGCAUGUGGUGUGAAGCAAAAAAUGUGGAGCAUGAUGUGCUGAGACUGACAGUGCUGUGUGCGUAUGCCUGCGCGAGAGAGGGAGGAGAUGCAGUGUGGAGAAUUCAUGUGCUGGAAGGAGAUUUAAGUGGAGAGCGAGAGCAGAGCAGCAGAGAAGGGACUGGGGCGAGAGUGGGAGCCGAAGACUGAGAGAGAAACAGACAAGAGGAAGAAGGGAGCAGGGAGCAUCGGAGACGGGUCUCCUUCUUACCGCCGCCUGACGGAUCUCCCUGAACAGAGCUGUCGGGCUGCUGCUGACUGGCGAGUGGAUCCUCUCGCAGCACCCACCAGAGUUUUUCCCGGUGGCUAUGCAUUCGGCUUGCGUUCACCUCUGCUGGUUCCAGCGCUGGCACACAUGAGUGAAGGUCUGACCAGCUUCCCUCUGGACCUGACUCAACACCCAUGAACCCCAGCCAACUCUGGCAUACCCUCUCAUUAAGGUAGAUGUGGCGGGGGCCUCAGCUACAGGAGCAACGAUUCCAAUGCCAGGCGCCCGUGGUCGAGGUCUUUUUUCAGCAGGUUGCCCCAGUCCUCCUUAGUCUAGGCAAGAUGGGAAAUGCCUCCGAGAUAUUUCUGUUCGUGUCCAGAAUAUCAAAAGACAAUGACUUCAUUAUGGCAACACUUUACACCAUUUUUGGUGUGCUGUCUGUGCUGGGGAAUGGGAUCCUGCUGUUUGUGGCUUAUAGAAAGAAGUCCUCCCUGAAGCCGGCAGAGUUCUUUGUCGUCAAUCUGGCCAUCAGUGAUUUGAGCAUGACGAUAUCUCUGUUCCCACUGGCCAUUCCUUCAGCCUAUGCUCACAUGUGGCUAUUUAACCUGACAACCUGCACUGUCUACGCCUUUUGUGGUGUUUUGUUUGGCUUGUGCAGUCUGUCCAACCUCACGGUGCUCUCUUGUGUUUGCUGGCUCAAGGUCUGCUGUCCAAACUACGGUAACAAGUUCUCGUACUGCCAUGCCUCCCUGCUCGUCGCGGGCAUCUGGUGCUACGCUGGAGUGUUUGCCGUGGGUCCGCUGUCAGGUUGGGGAGAGUAUGGGGCUGAACCUUAUGGCACAGCGUGCUGCAUCAACUGGCACGCUCCCAACUACAGUGCUGCAGCUAUGAGCUACAUCAUCUGCCUCUUCUUCUUCUGCUACAUUGUACCCUGCACUGUCAUAUUUCUGUCCUACACCUUCAUCUUGGUGACUGUGCGAGGCUCUCGGCAGGCCGUGCAGCAGCACAUGUCCCCGCAGAACAAGAUCACCAAUGCACAUGCACUUAUAGUCAAGCUUUCCGUGGCAGUUUGCAUCGGUUUCCUGACAGCAUGGAGUCCGUAUGCAAUCGUGUCCAUGUGGGCAGCAUUUGGUAAAUCAACAGAUGUACCACCAAUGGCUUUUGCUUUGGCAGCCAUUUUUGCCAAGUCCUCCACCCUUUACAAUCCCGUCGUCUAUCUGGUCUUCAAGCCCAAUUUCCGCAAGUCGCUGUGUCGGGAUGUAGCUCACUGCAGAAGCACAUUCUGUCGAUGUAUUUGCGAACACACCUCUACACAGAAGGGAACGUGCAAGCAAACGCAUCACAUCGACGAGUGCAACUCUACAAGGUUGUCCAACGGGCUACCGGAGAACCACCGGACCUGCAGACACUGUCCUUGCACUGAAACGGUCACCGGUGCCAAGGAGAACUUUACAGAUUACAGCCCUCAGCAGACUGCCAGAAUACUUCAAGGAUCUGUGCACACCGAGGUCGCUGUCAGUCAGCUCUCCAAUGAGCUGCAGAGCGACUUUCUUUAAAAAGAGGCAAGUAAAAAUGAAAAGCUGCCCAAAGCGAACAGCAACAAAAACACAAGACUUAUUGCAAUUCAAGACAAAGGAUCCAGACUUAUUUACUGGUGAAAAAUAUAUUAUUCUCGAGUUUAAAUCUCGAUUUAUGCCUCAACUAUUUAAUACUGCCAAAAGAAAAGAUAAACUAAAAAAAGAACUCACAACAAAGAUGAUCAUGCAGUUAGAUACAAAUACAGGAGAAUAAGCAAGCCGACCUGUCCAGAAGGUAAACUAAAGGUUUAUCAGGUUAAAGUAACAAGCAUCAACAAUUUCAUUGCUCUGAACAAUCAACGUCAAGGAAACAAGACUGAAGAGUCAAAAUGCAAAAUCAAUUUACGCUGGACUAAGAGGGAGGAACUGAACUGAAAUUUUAUACUCCCAAAUCAACCCUUUAUGUGUUUUUACCAGUACUGUAGUUUAAGGGAUGAUUGUGUUUAUGCAUGCCUCAAACUGAAGGAAAACAGGGUUGCUGCUCUUAUCUAUAUGUGAAUUAGCAUUGUGUCCAUAUUUCUACAGAACAAAAUUUUCAAAGCCCCAAUUAAUCUACCUACAAUUAGUUGAACUUGAGGUUCAUCUUUUAAAUUCAUGGAAGAGGUAAAGAACAGAGCAGGGAGGGAAAAAUUCAAGGUUUGAAAGCCAUUUAUUUCCUGUGUAAAAAUUAGCAUUCAGUCAAGAGAGUAGCAUUUCUCAUUGUGCAGUGUUAUAUCUAAUUGUCUCUGAAAAGACUCCUUGGAUGGCUGGUUUAACAGCUUCUAUGGACCAAGAUAUGAUCAACUUAUCUACGUUUCAAAGAUAGGUUUCUUUUUAUACUUUUUUUUCUUUUUACAUAUUAGAAUUACUAAUUUGAAAUUUCAUUUUCUGCCAUGAAAUCAAGGAUAAAAAUACACGAUGAAUACAAACAAAUAAAAAAAAAGACUUUUUAAUUCUAAAAAAACUUGUGCAAAACUUUGUGCAUAAGUAAUGACAUUAAAAGUUGGAUGCAGAUUUUCUAAAUAAAGGUCUUGGAAUUAUUUAUUAUUAAAUAUCUUACCUGCUGACAGCAGAGUUUCAAGAAACAGAAGUUCUCAUCUGGAGUAGAGCUAAGUGUUGGUCAGACUGGGUCCGUGAAUAUCAGACCGAAGCAAAAGCAAACCUAAAAGAUUUUACGGUGGGGGAAACAAACAUAUUAACUAAUUAUUAACUGAUAGGCACACUUUGCAAUUAAACAUAUUCAACUCUGGGCCAUGAAACCAGGUUUCUUGUUGAUCAGUAUGAUGACUGGACCCUCCAGUGCUGUUUAUAUUUGCACGUUUUUAUUUAGACAGAAGAUCCGAAGAUCAAGCAUCUGAAAAUUGGUCCCAAGGAAGAGCCAGACUUCUGGAGAUCCACAAUUCUCUUCUUCAUAUCUUGCUUGCUUGAUAUGUUUUGGAUUUCCCCUCAGUCACACAGGGAAACUGUGUGGUAAAGACGUUACCUCCUACUAAAAACACAAAUUUGUCCCUCCAGUUACCUAAAUUGUUUUGAAAUGAUCAGAGUAAUAGCCUCUCUUAAUUUGGGUAAUGGUAAUCUUACUGGGUGCAAGACCUAUAACUUGCCGGUUUAGUGCAACACUGACAACACUGCACUGUUGCAAAAUGAAACAAUUUGGAAUUUGAUGGCAGACCACUUUGGACCAGCAAGUUUAGGAGCCAUGGAGUUACUUGUAAAGACAAGGCCACAUCCAUCCAUCUAGAUUAAAUCCCUUACCAGAGAACCAAAAAGUGUCAUCUGUGCUUUGUUUUGUUGUGACGGCAGUCUGAGCUCAGACUGCUGUAACCUAGAAUGGGCCUAGGUCACAUGACCCCGAUCCCACACUCUUAAACUACAUAGGGGGAGUUUUUGAGAAGGGCAGCCCGCACGGAGCAUUGACACAAGUGCAGUAUAUUGACCUGAAAAAUUAUUUAAUAUAUGUUAAAUUAAGCUAGUACUUCGGUCAAAACUUAUACGGUGUUGCUUUAAACUUUUGACUUUAUAGAAAGUAACAAAAAAAUACAAAAAUCUUUCUCUGAUUGUUCUGACAUUUAGCCAAUUAAAAUCAGUUCAGUAAUCCCAACUGUCAGAGCGUCAGAAUAAUAACAAGCGUAUGUAAACUCAUUGUUUUUACUGCGUUCUAAUCCCAGAGUUGAUUAAAGAUUUGGGUCAGGUCCUUUUGAUGUUUCAUCUUCUCUGUUUUCAAUUUAUCUUUAAAAAAAAUGAAAGAAAGUAAUUGAAACAUCAAACUUUGGGAACACAUAUUGACAAAUGGAGUGCUGCUGUUCCUCCUGGAUAGACAGUGAAGAAGUGUCCUUGCCAUAUUCUACACAUGAAAACAAUAGUUCCCAGGAUACAAUAUCAACAGAAGUUGAUCAUAUGUCCACCAUGUAAAAGAUUGUGUUCUCUUUUGUGUUUUUACAAGUAUUGUAAGUUGUUUCUUUUUCCUCUUUUGUCCUUGCUUUCACCAAAACAUGUAUGUUAUGACUCAUUCAAUCUGUCUUUAUAUCAUCAACAGUAAAAACGCUGAUAUAGCAUUUGCUUGCACCGGUAUAACAUUGUGGAGAUCAGGUUGUAUACCAUAGCUGAG